AUGGGUUCAAUAGAAGGAACCUCCCACGGGGCCUUCACGACGCUGCCACGCGAGAUCCUGCGCCUAGCCUCAAAUCUUGACAGCCAGAUAGCUUCCCACGGGCGAGGAGCGACUACCUCUGACAUCGACACACUUGAAGAAUUGCCAGCCGACGUCAACGCUACCAGAGAUGAGUUCAUCGACAAGACCCAGACAGCAAAGCGGCUCGCUCAGGGGGCAAGGGGUGCGCUAUGGGAGUUGGGGUUUCAAUUUACUGAUGAGAUGACGCUCCGCGCGAUCCAUGAAUUUCGUCUUGCCGAACAAGUUCCACUGGAUGGUUCAGCAACUUUGGGAGAGAUUGCGCAGGACAGCGACUUAGAUGCGGAGACGGUCGAGCGCAUCCUACGGCACGCAAUGUCAAGUCACAUUUUCAGCGAAGCCCCCGGAUCCCCGCCAGGACGCGUCGUACAUACGGCCAUCUCACGCCUGUUGGCGACUGGCCCCGAUGCCUUGAGCGCUGUGGGAAUGGUUGUCCACGACCUAGCUCCUAUCGGCACACGUCUCAACGAUGCUCUCCGUGCUCAGCGCCACCUCCCAGCCAACGAGCGAUACGAGCCUACAAACGCGGCUACGGCACUGGUUUUCGGAGAAGGUGCUUCGUUCUUCGGGGUGUUGGCCGGCGACAAGGAGCGCGCGGCGCGCUUCGGGGGUGGCAUGCGACACUUCGCCCACGGUGCCGCUUGGGAUGUCAAACACCUAUUGACUGCUUACGACUGGUCAAGCGUCGACCACUCGGGGGCGGUGCUCGUCGACGUCGGCGGUGGCAUAGGUGCCGUCCCUCGUGCUCUGGUAGACGCCACCCAGCACUUAGGCUAUAUCGUCCAAGACCUUCCGGACACGGUGGCUGACGGCGUCGAUGCACUGCCGCCCUCACUCUCAUCUCGGGUCGCGUUCGAGGCGCACAACUUCUUCGAUCCUCAGGAACGACGCGGUGUGGACGUCUACUUCCUUCGCUGGGUUCUACAUAACUGGAGUGACAACAAUAUGGAUCUCGUCAUGCUGGCGGCUUGGAACUCAGCCGAGCGAACAGAAGCUAUGUGGAAAGUGCUCAUCGAGAUGGCGGACCCCAGGCUCCGAUUUGAGGGUGUACGGCAGCUUGAAGGAAGCCUGUUGAGUAUUGUCGAAGCGGUUUGGGAAGAGCCUUGA